UAUAAUGUUUAAAUGUUGUCAAUUCAAAGUUAUCCAGUUGACUUCCGUGGUCCGCCGAUGACCAUCACUACCGAAAACUGCCGCCUCUAGAUUUGCUAUCGGAGCAGCUGCGAUAAUUAUAUUUGGUGAGAGCUGACCAUUUUCUCAUGUAAUAAAACACAAAUAUAUCCACAAAGUAAACGUCAACGAAUGCUACAAGAAAUCAUCGCUUGGAACGGUUAGAGAAUCCAGCUAAGAUGGAGUGCAACUUGGGCAGCGAGAUUGGCCAGAAGAUGCGCAGCGCCGUCAAGGCGAAGCUGCUUGAGCUCGGCACAGGUGGGUCUUCCGGCUUCAUAGACGAUGAGCUGCCGGACUAUGUAAUGGUUAUGGUGGCCAACAAGCGCACAAAGCAGCAGAUGAACGCCGAACUGAAUCUAUUUCUGGGAGAUCAGACGGAUCUUUUCGUGACUUGGCUGCACGAAGUGCUUCAGAAGCUGCAGGAGGUUACUCUACCAACUUCAAGUGCUUCCAGCAAGAAGAGAAAGUCUAAAGGCCAAGGCGAAGUUUCGAAAUCAAAGGAGAAGGAUAAAAAGAGCUCUAAGAAGGAAAAGAGAACACAUCGGAAAUCCGGCGAUGAGUUCCAAGAGCCCCAGUCUAGUUCUGCUGAUGCCAUGCCCGUGAUCACCUCGAUAACAGACGUUUUCGCCGAAGAGUUGCUGGAAAAGGCAAAAAAGAAUCUAGACCUAGGCGAGAUUGUUCCAAAAAAGAAGAAACGGAAGGAGUCUAUCGAGGAGGAGGAGCCCCUGGACCGUGAACAAGAUUUACCUGCACCAUCAGAGAUCAGUUCAACCACAUCCGGACUGAACAGGCAGAAAGAUCUGGCCGAGUUGGCAGAGAUUCAGAAGAAGAUCCAUGCAGCUAAGAAACAUUUACGUCAAAUAGGCGAAAUCGAAGAUGACAGCGAGGAGGAAGAUGACGAUUUGCUGAACUUAAGUGCCCAGGAAGAGUCUGUGGAUCAGGAGCCAAUAGAGGAGACUUUCCAGAGAGAGCUGCCGCCUCGGAAGGUUAAGAGUCCGAUUGUAUUUAAUAGGAAUGAAAGGACGCCAGAAAAGCAACCAGUAUCUGAGCCUGAGAUUGAUUCUCGGCAAGAGGCCGCUACCCCAGAGGAAGAGCCACCAUUCAAGGAGGACCGGGCAGAAAGGCGGUCAGUGCAUGAUCGAUUGGGAACCAAAGCAAUGGAGUCACGUAGCUCGCAGCGAACUCAAAAGGAGCUGUACGUGCCUGCCCAUCGGCGUCGAGGUGAGCCCGAAUCUAGCAAGGAUCGGGGUCAGCGAGAGCGGUCCAAGGACCGGUCCCGUGACCGUUCAAAGGACCAACGUGAUAGCUCAAAGGAUACAAGUCGUAAGCGUCGCUCGCCGAGUCCGAGUGUAGGAAAAUCUAAACAACGCAUUGGUUCAAGGGUUAUUGUGGCCGUGCGCAAGCCACCAGAACCGUCGGAUGACGAGGAUAUCGCUGAAAAGCCAGUUAACUCGGUAAUCAAGAUUAAGCCCCGCCCGCAGGUGUCGCCGCGUCGUCAGGCUUGUAAGAAUCUUCUCUUGCGCGCUGUGGCCGAUGCUCAGCGUUCCACGAUUCUUGCGAAGUCAACUUCCCGGAAAGAGAGUGAAGAAACGGAGAAGAUUAGCUCCUCCCUGGGCAAACGAAAGUCUGUGGGAAAAGGUGAACGUGAACGCGAACGGGAAAGAGAUCGCAGUAAACGAAGUGCGCCCAACAAUGAGCUUUUCCGGCGGAGUACCCGCGAGCUAGUUGUGAACGUAACUCAGAGGGAUGGCAAGAGGCCCAGACGCGCCAACGAGAGCCACGCCGAGAUUAAGGUGGUGCAGGAGGAGUACACGCCCACCCCGAAUGCAGAGGAGUUCGAAAACUAUGUACCGCAGUUGCUGGAGGACAUCGACCUUCACAUAAAUACCCAUGACGAGUCGCUUAAGACCCAGUUUGUGGUCACUCUGAACGGAGAAAAGUCAGUGGGCGGCAGCAGCAAGGCACCAGCAACCAGUUCGUACCGUAAGAGUCAAAACAAUUCGCGUCGCCGCGAUACCUCCUCGCCAGUCUCCACGCCCCAAGUGAGCUCAUCCAGCACUGAACCCACAUCGACUACGACUGAAAGGCGACACCGCUCGAAUCCUCGGGAGAGGAGCCGCUCCCCCAAUAGUGCCUCGCCCUCGCUACAAUCCACCCGCAACCUAAAUCGCAGCGAAGCUCUCCGCCAGCCUCAAGAGAUCAAGAAGUUAAUCAUAAAGAACGAUACUGAUGAGGAUGAUGAAAUGAACGGGUCGACUAAGAAACGGACGUCUAGCAAACGCCAGCUAUCGGGGACCACUAACCCGGCCAAUGGUCACAAAGACAAUAAGGCACACGCUUCCGACGAGGUACGAUCGACCACGCCACCACUGCCAGUCAGCAUGAGGCCGGAGAAACGGGCCGCCAGCAAGGAGAGAUCCACAAACACAAAUCCCAACACGGGCGAUGAGCAAGUGGCUAGUUCGUCCACCGUCGCCUCCACUUCUAUUAAAAGCAAGCAUACUCCCAUUCGCUACACACUCAAGAACGAGGAAGAACCGAGUUCCAACAAGAAGCGACGGCCCGAUAGCCGGGAACGGGAUGCGGUCACUGUGGAAAAGCGAAAAAUACCCAUUCGCAAUGCGGAGGAUAGGAAGUACGACAAUCUGCCGGCAUUAAGCGCUGUUAGCGUUGACUCCACAGUACUGAAGGUCAGCAAGCCCAAGGAGCGCUGCAAGUACCAUCCUAGCUGCACAAAGCAGUUCUGCGAGUACUAUCACCCCACGGCGCCGUGCAAGUCCUUUCCAAACUGCAAGUUUGCCGACAAGUGCAUGUAUUCGCAUCCAAAGUGCAAGUUCGACAUGUCUUGUAUGAGCAUCGACUGCAACUAUGCCCACAGCGGCCAAAGGGAUCUCAGUCAUGUGCAGCUUACAGCACCGCCUUUAUCCUCGCAUGUGAUACCGGUGCAGAACUACAAGUCUAUAUCGGCGCCAGUAACCUCCACGACGGCGACAACGAUGUGCAAGUACUAUCCGAACUGCAGCAAGAUAGGUUGCACCUUCUACCAUCCGAAGCCGUGUCGGUUUGGCAAGAAUUGUGUUAAUAAGCUGGAGUGCAUAUUCUACCAUCCCGAGAUGCAGAGCAAGUUCAAGUGGGUCGCAUCGCUGGGCUGAGCCGUUGUCAGCCUACAAACUCCACAACACUAUUUAGCAAAUGUUUUACUGGCUACCUAGCUAACUCCUUGGAUAAUCUUAUUUCCACAAAAACUGAAUUAUAUAUACAUAUUUAACAUUGA